AUGAAUCGCUUUGAAAACCCACUGACCAGGCAGGACGUCGAAACAGUCAUUGAGAAGUCCGUAGGAUCUGGUGUUAGCAUUCUUGGCUAUCAUUUGACACCGUAUUCCGACAAAGUUUUGGGUUUUUUGGGAGCUCAUCGAAAUCUCGUUGUCGAAGCUUUACCCGAUGGAUCUCAGUCAAAACGGAUUCACACUUAUUUCGUUAAAUCCAUACCUUAUCACAUCGAACGACGAGCCAAGUUCGUCAAGGAGAACAAGAUAUUCUACAGGGAGGCGAGAUUUUUCAAAUUUAUAAUGCCGGAACUGAUGAGGAGUAGCAAGGACAAAUCCUGGGCUGCUCAAUGUUACUUGGCGAAGGAUGACGCCUUGGUGUUUGAACAUUUGCAGUUGAAAAACUACAAGCUCAAGAAUAAAUUUUUGGAUGUGCCGUCGCUCAAAGCAGCCUUGUCGAGUGUAGCGAAAAUGCACGCGGCAUCGGUUUUAACGGAAAAACGGCUUGGAAAAACUUUCGCCGAGAUGUAUCCAAGCCUGAUCGAUGAAAUUGUGUUUACUCGCGACGGUCCGUUCGCUCAUGGAAUCGGAUUGGGAAUCGACACGGCCACCAAAGUCGCUGAAUAUCUAGGCUUGAACUACGAGGUUGUGGCGAGAGUGUGCAAUUUGAUUUUUGAAAAAAUACUGCCGUCAAAAACCAGACAAAAUGUACUGUGUCAUGGCGAUGUUUGGUUGAACAAUUUCAUGUUUGACGAUAAAAACUGUGCUUUGGUCGACUUUCAAUUGAUAAGAUACGUGCCGGCGAUGACUGACGUCACUCAGUUGAUAUACUACAAUGCCAGAAGAGAAUUGCGAGAAAAGUGCGAGACUGAUCUGCUGAAACACUAUCACGAGGUGCUGUGUGAAAUUUUGAAGGACGCCGGUGAAAUGACUUGUCCAAAGUUUCAAGAUAUUUUGGAUGAAUACGAAGAGAGAAGAAUUAUUGGAAUUGUAACGAUUAAUCUUUACUUUCCGACGAAUCAGGUGGAUGGUGAGACACUUGCAGAAAUGAUUGAGGAUCCCGACAGACUCGAUAGACUUAUGGCUAGGGACCGCGCGAAUGUUGUGUUCGAGAUGAUGAAAGAGAACGAAGGCUAUAAGGAAUUGAUCGAGUCCACUGUCAGAGAACUGGUUGAAGUAUCUGAUAAGUUUUUAAAGUGA